AUGUCGAAGCCUACCAGCCUCACGGGCAGCGAGAGCGAGUUCGAGUUCGUCGAGACCCCCAAGGUGACGACGCCUUCGCUGCUCGCGAAGGACGAGAGCUGUGGAGUCCGCACCACAAAGUCACCGGCCAUCAAGAAUGCUCCCGUUCCCGCCGACGGCCCCGGUGCCGACUCGUUCAGCAAUGCCGGCCUCAUCGGCCUCCUCGUCGGCGUGCCUCUGUACAUGACGUGGAAGGUCGGUGCCGGCUUCAAGACGUUCGUCUUCUUCGCCCUCAUCCUCGACUUCCCCCUCCUCGCCGCCUACUGGCUCGUCGUCUCGUCCAUCAGCCCCCGGCGCAACGAAAAGGCCAAGCUCCCCGGCCGCCCCGUCGAGUUCUACCUCGACUUCAAAAAGGAGGCGGACCGGGCCAAGUACCGCGGCAGCUGCAAGAUCCCCAUGGAGACGUUCCACGAGAUGUACUUUGACGGCGACGUCGACUUCAAAGGCGACUGCCUCGAGGUGCUCGAGUACCGCCACGACUGGGCCAGCUUCCGCUUCACCAUCAGCCUCAUCCGCUACUUCCUCCUCGGCAUGAUCCCCGAGCUCAUCAUGCACACCCGCUCCCAAGACGAGGAGCAGGUCCGCGAUCACUACGACCGCGGCGACGACUUCUACGGCUGGUUUCUCGGCCCUCGCAUGAUCUACACGUCGGGCAUCAUCUCGGACGCCGACAAGGAGGAGACGCUGGAGCAGCUGCAGGACAACAAGCUGGCCAUCGUCUGCGAGAAGAUCGGCCUCCGCAAGGGCGAGCGCAUGCUGGACAUUGGAUGCGGCUGGGGCACCCUCGCCCGCUUCGCCAGCGAAAACUACGGCGCCAAGGUGACGGGCGUGACGCUCGGCCGCAACCAGACGGCCUGGGGCAACAGCGCCAUGCGCAAGGUGGGCGUGCCCGAGGAGCAGAGCAAGAUCCUGUGCAUGGACUACCGCGACAUUCCCGUGCCCGACGGCGGCUACGACAAGAUCACCUGCCUCGAGAUGGCCGAGCACGUCGGCGUCCGUCACUUCUCCAGCUUCAUCACCCAGGUCUACAACAUGCUCGACGACGACGGCGUCUUCUUCCUGCAGAUCGCCGGCCUCCGCAAGCCGUGGCAGUACGAGGACCUGAUCUGGGGUCUCUUCAUGAACAAGUACGUCUUCCCCGGCGCCGACGCCUCGACGCCGCUCGGCUGGGUCGUCGACAAGCUCGAGGGCUCCGGCUUCGAGAUCAAGCACAUCGACACCGUCGGCGUCCACUACUCGGCCACCCUCUGGAGGUGGUACCGCAACUGGAUGGCCAACCGCGACAACGUCGAGGCCAAGUACGGCAAGCGAUGGUUCCGCACGACGGGCGCGACGCAGAUCUGGGAGUAUUUCCUCGCCUACUCCACCAUCAUCUCGCGCCAGGGUUCCGCCACGUGCUUCCAGAUCACGCUGGUCAAGAACAUCAACUCGACGCACCGCAUCGAGGGCAUCGACUCCCAGUACGGCCUGUCGGGCAGCCUCAAGAGCUUCAAGGCCGACCUGCAGGCUUGGGCGAAGAAGAACAACGUGGUCUCGUCGACCAAGUUCACGUCGUAA